AUGGGAAGGCAAGGCGUCUUCCAAUCGAAUGCCCGAAACACAUGGGAUGAUGACAUAGUCUCUUUUCGUGAGGCACUCAUUAAUGUUGAAAGACAUUGGAACGAACUUGGCAUCCAAGGCGAAUGUCCCUAUCACUUCACGCAGGAUGAACUACAUAGCCACUCCGUUGAUGCCAAGGGCUGGAAUGAGGCCCAGAGUAUAGAAGGUCUUAUGAAACGAGAUGGAUGGACAUAUCCUGAUACGUUCGACGCUGCCAUUAAUUUCUUUUCAGAACUUCGAGAACGGGGCCUGAAGCAUAUGACAGGUGAGGAAAAGAGAGCUUUUGACAGACAGACUCGUUGGGCCAGAAAACAGGGUUAUUACCGGGCCUAUGGGACGUCACAACACUAG